GAGAACCUGCGUCUCGAUCGCGAUCAUCUUCAAAUCUCUGGGCCUGGUGAUCGCGACACGAGCUGGGAAGUUUUCUUGGUGAGGCGCUCGCCCGAGUAAAAGUAACACGAGGUGGGGCUCACCGAAGCCGGUGAAAUGAAAGUUGAAGCGUCUUCCAGGGCAAACCGUCAGUCGAAUCGCGAUCCUCCAGCUGGUUGGACACACGUAUCAGUCUCUCUCGUGUCAGCGAAAAAGUGUGCUCUCUUGUGUUCCCAUUUCGGACACUUGGGAAUUUUCCAAAGGUAGACUGAAGAUCGCAGCGGAUUCUGCAGGUUCUUUUUUUACAACACAAGUUCAGUUUGAGUUACUUUGCGUUGCGAUCUCUUCCUUCCGCUUUGCAACUUGUUUGGGUUUUUCUUGUGCAUUCGGGGAGAAAAUUGAUGAUCGCCUGUUUUUGUACAUUAGCGCAAGAAAUAAAUUGCAAAAAAGAAAUUUUUGACGAUCUUACGACCUGACUUUCGUGUGCGUGGCGACAAAAAGUCUUCUUAAGCCCAGGUGAAAGAGUUCCAGGCAAUUUUUUGGUGUGAGAAAUACAAAAACAAAAAAUAAAACAAAAACUGCCAAGUGUGACGAUGGCAAUAUUCUUCUGCAAAAAUAAUCCGUGAGAUUUUCUUAAAGAAAAAAAAAGAAAGAUUUUGGACACGAUCGCAACUGAACUUGGUGUGAUCUUAGGUUGAUCGCGAGUGUGAUCUCAAUAAAAACUCAACCGAGUGUUCUACAGAAACUUUCAGAAUGAUCCCCAAAAAUCUCACAAUGGAUUAUUUCCUGCGCCACAGACGAGUGUCCUUUCCCAAAAGGUCAACAGAUAUUGUGGCACUGAUUGCCGUGUCCUGCACAUUGUUCCUCUUCCUCCACACGCAAAGUCUAACAUCCCGCUUAAGAGAGAUGGAAGACAAAUUGCAGCCAUCAGAGAUGUCCGCCAGUGGUCUCAGCGGAAACUCCAUUAGUCAAGAAUCUGCACAGAGCAACGUCCACGAAAUGUACAAAUAUCUCAAGAGUACUGGACAGAUGAGUACACUGAGGGCGUGGGACUUGAACAACACGCGAAAGGCUGAUUUGGAGCUGGUAUUCUUCAACCGCGUCCCCAAAGUUGGUAGUCAGACCUUCAUGACGCUGAUCCGACGUCUGUCGGCGGAGAACAGUUUCACUUUCCACCGGGACGCCGUACAACGAAUUGAAACAAUCCGCCUGUCACCAGAUCAGCAGCUGGAACUGUCCGACAUGAUAGCAGACCUGCCGACGCCCAGUGUCUACGUCAAGCACGUCUGCUAUACCAAUUUCACGCGCUUCGGCCUACCAGCGCCUAUCUACGUCAAUCUCGUUCGAGAUCCCGUGGAGCGUGUCAUUAGCUGGUACUACUACAUCAGAGCGCCUUGGUACUACGUCGAGCGCAAACAAGCUUUCCCCGAUCUACCCCUACCCGAUCCCCGGUGGCUACGCAAGGACUUCGAAACUUGCGUUCUCAACCACGAUCCCGAAUGCACCUUCAACUACGGAGAGACUCAUGAAGGUAUCGGCGAUCAUCGGCGUCAGACACUCUUCUUCUGCGGCCAUGACGAAGAGUGCACGCCAUUCAACACUGUAGGAGCCCUCGAAAGGGCUAAGUAUGCAGUGGAAUCACAGUAUUCAGUUGUGGGAGUGCUUGAGGAUCUCAAUACGACGCUUUCCGUCUUUGAAGCCUAUAUUCCUCGAUUUUUCAGAGGAGCCAAAAACAUCUACUGGGAAGAAGUAAACAACUUCAACAAAAUAAACAGAAACUCCUUCAAACCGCCAGUGAGUGAGGAGGUAAAAGACAUUGUGAGACGUAACUUCACCAGAGAGAUUGAAUUCUACCAGUUCUGCAAACAGAGACUCCACAAACAAUUCCUAGCCGCCAAAUUACCACUCAAUUGAGACUAAACUUGACUUCUCUUCGAUAGUUCAUUUUAUUUGUCCUUUUUUUCAAAUACAAAAAGAAUAUCUUCUGAAUACUUCAUUUUAUUUGUUUUUUGUUUCAUUAGAUUUCUCUUAUAAGAAUAAUCUGUGCUAUCUUUUAAAAUUUUCGCAUUUUUGUUGUUUCUUUAUCUUGAGAAAGACUAAAAAAAAAUCACAAUUGUAAAAAAACAAUUUUCUACAUGUUAUUUAAUUCACGUUUUUUGAAUUAAAAACUCACUUCGUCCUUUUAGGUAAUUAUUAAAUUAUCUCAUAGAUACAACACACAUUUUUUCCUUUUUUUGUUGUCAUUAUGUGUGAAACAUUUAUAAAAACAUCGUGAUAAUAUAAAUAAAAAAUAAACGCUCUCAAAUAAUAAUUAGUAAAUAAAAUAAACAUAUUUUUCUUUGUA